AUGGAUGUUCUUAAUGAUAUAGCACAACCUAACAAUUGUGAAGAUGAUGAGAAUGAGGUUGAUGAUGAGAUACCACCAGCAUCAGAAUGCAGAGGUACUAGCCAAUACUAUAAUGACUUAUUUGCCGAGAUGGAGUCUCCGUUAUUCCCAGGGUGUGAAAAAUACACAUCUUUGAAUUUCGUAGCUAAGUUGAUGCAUUUCAAAGUGUUGGGGAAAAUUCCUAACAAAAUUUUUGAUGGAAUCUUGGAGUUGUUAGAAGAUGCAUUCCCAUCUCCAAAUAAGAUACCAAAGUCACAUUAUGCGGCGAAGAGGUUGAUGAGGAAAUUGGGUUUGGGUUACGAGUCAAUCCAUGUUUGUAAGCAUGAUUGUGCAUUGUUUUGGAAGGAAAAUGCAGGAAAACACAAGUGUCCAAUUUGUGGGGAGGAUCGUUGGGUGGAUAAAAAUACCAAGGGGAAGAAAGUGGCCCAAAAAGUUAUGCGUUAUUUUCCAUUGACCCCUUGGUUGAUGCGAAAAUACGCGUCAAGGCACAUUUCUCAACAUAUGAGAUGGCAUCAUGAAGGGCGUGUUAAAGAAAAUGGUAUCAUGCGUCAUCCUGCAGAUGGGAAAGCAUGGAAGGAUUUUGACCGUAGCAAUCCAGCGUUUGCAAUGGAACCUAGGAAUGUGCGCCUUGGAUUGGCUGCUGAUGGAUUCAAUCUUUUUGGAAAUAUGAGUUUGUCUUAUAGCAUGUGGCCGGUUGUGUUAACGACUUACAACUUGCCACCGUGGUUAUGCAUGAAAGAGACUAACUUUAUGUUGACUUUAUUAAUUCCUGGUCCACAUUCACCUGGAAAAGAUUUUGAUGUUUUCUUAAGGCCAUUGGUUGAUGAGUUGAAGGAAUUAUGGGUGAACGGUGUUCAAACUUGGGAUGUUGUUGAUGAUAGUUUUUUUAAGCUUCAAGCAGCUUUAUUGUGGACUAUAAAUGAUUUUCCAGCGAGGAGUAGUCUUUCUGGAUGGAGUGGUCAAGGUUACACUGCUUGUCCUACUUGCAAUGUAUCAACACCAUCAGUUCGUUUGCAAAAUAAGGUUGUAUUUUAUGGUCACAGACAUUUUUUACCAAUGGGACACCAAAUUAGAAAAAAGAAGAAGUUAUAUGGUUCAGUUGAGAAAAGACCACCUCCAGAGGAAUUUAGCACUGAAGCUAUUUUCACACAAAUUAAUUUUAUGCCUGAAUCUCUUCCUGGUAAGCAUGUUAGCUACGGUGGACAAAAAAGGAAACGCACAAAAGAGCAAGUUGGUUGGCGUAAGAAAAGCAUUUUCUUUUAG